CAAAAAAUAAAUAUUGCAUGACCGGUGGAGACAGUUGAAGAAAACCCAACCAACCCAUCCAACACAUCAAUAACAUAUUCAUUUUACUUUGGUUUAUAUUUCGUGAUUUAGUUUUCAUAAUUAUCUCUCUCUCCUUUUCCCUUCCAUAGUUAAAUUCUACAGUUUAUAAACUCUCUAGAGAUCCAAAAAAAAAACUAAACUGAUGGUGAAGUUAACGCAGAGAUUGGGUGGGUUGGUGCUGCGAUUUGCGGCAUUUUGUGCCGCAUUAGGAGCGGUUAUCGCAAUGAUCACCAGCCGUGAAAGAUCUUCCUUCUUUGUCAUCUCCCUAGUAGCUAAGUAUAGCGAUUUGGCUGCGUUUAAGUACUUCGUGAUCGCAAAUGCGAUUGUGACUGUUUAUAGCUUUCUCGUUCUGUUUCUUCCAAAGGAGAGUUUAUUGUGGAAGUUCGUCGUUGUGUUGGACUUGAUGGUGACAAUGCUGCUGACGUCAAGCUUAUCAGCGGCGGUAGCAGUGGCACAAGUGGGAAAAAGAGGAAACGCAAACGCAGGUUGGUUGCCAAUUUGCGGCCAAGUACCAAGAUUUUGUGAUCAGAUAACCGGAGCUUUAAUCGCCGGUUUAGUUGCAUUGGUUCUCUACGUUUUCUUGCUCAUCUUCUCUAUCCACCAUGUUGUCGAUCCUUUUCUUCUUCGAAAAUCGUGAAUCAAGUAAUACAAAUUUCAAGGCUAAAUAUUUAUAGAGACAUGUGUAUUUUUGUAAUUUUAAUGUUGUUCAGUUUUUUUCUC